AUGUUUCGAUUGGCGAGCAAUGUUUCUAAAAGGCGCGAAGCGUGCGCGGCGGGCGCAUCGCUGUGAUAGCGAUGGUAGCUGGUGUCGUGUGACGUCACACUCACUCUCACACUCGAGUCAAAUUAUUAUUCAAAUAAGAAACUUCUGGGUAGCGUCACUUUGUCUUUUUUUAGCAUGUUCUAGAAUUUUUUGUGUGCUGCACUUCACGUUAUUUAGAUUAUCAUUUUAAGUGUGUUUAAAUUAUAGGGUCAAGAUUAAAACUCGCCCAUAUUUUAAAAAACUGUACAACCAUGGAAAGAUGCGUGUUCUUCAACGGCCCAAUCAAAUAAACAAAAAAUAGGAUACUCCUGCUGUUUUGUACAAUUAGGAUAGUAGUAUCUACUUUAGUUUCUAAUGGCCUGUAAAAUAUUCGCCAUUUUUGAAACAAAAUACCAAACGCAUUUUCCACGACCCUUCUAGCUCGACAAAGUCUUACAUUGUAUUUC